AUGGCGAAACAGGCAGGAACGCCGGACGACGACGUCGAGGACAUAGAGAAAAGCUUCUAUGUAAGUGGAAAAGAGCAAGCGCGCGUGAGUACAGACUUGGCGGUGGAUGAGCCAAUUUCUGUACAGCCGGAGCCUCGGAAAGGGUGGAACGGUUUUGUCGACACGUUCAGGCGGGCAGAGAUGCCCGUCAUAGAUCCCAACCUGUCUGAGGCUGAGAAGCUGGCCAUCCGGACUGCGGCCGCGCCGCUGAGUAGGCGUCUGAAAAACCGGCACCUGCAGAUGAUUGCGAUCGGGGGCGCAAUCGGGGUGGGUCUGUUCGUCGGGUCAGGAAAGGCGCUCGCCACGGCGGGGCCGGCAGGGGUGCUGAUCGGCUGGGGUCUAACGGCAACGAUGAUCUUGAUCAUGUGUCUGUCGUUGGGAGAGCUUGCGGUGACGUUUCCGGUGUCCGGGGGGUACAUUACGUAUGCAGCGCGGUUCAUUGACGAGUCGUGGGGCUUUGCCAACAACUUCAACUACAUGAUGCAGGCUAUGGUGGUUAUGCCACUGGAGAUUGUAGCUGCUUCAGUGACUGUGGGCUACUGGGAUACAGAUCCAAAGUACAAGUUGGCGUUUGUGGCCUUGUUUUGGGUGGUCAUCGUCUCCAUCAACCUUUUCGGUGUGAGGGGGUUUGGUGAGGCUGAAAGCAUCUUUUCCCUAAUUAAGGUAAUCACGAUCAUCGGCUUCAUAAUAAUGGGCGUUGUUCUUAUAUCAGGCGGUGGACCAGAUCACGAGGUGAUAGGUGGUAAGUACUGGAAUGAUCCUGGGCCCUUUGUCGGUAAUGCGCCUAGUGAUAAGUUCAAGGGCGUGUGCAGUGUGUUUGUCACAGCGGCAUUCUCGUUCGCGGGAUCAGAACUUAUUGGUCUAGCUGCUGCAGAAACGCGGGAGCCCAGAAAAUCAAUUCCCAAGGCUGCAAAGCAGGUGUUCUGGAGGAUCACAUUAUUCUACAUUCUGAGUUUGCUGAUUGUGGGCCUGUUAGUCCCAUCCAACAACGAGCACCUACUAGCUCCUCAACAGAUCGAUGCUGCACAUUCGCCAUUCGUGAUUGCGAUGGACAUGCAUCGUAUUCGCGUCCUGCCAUCAAUUAUUAACGUCGUUAUACUGACUGCCGUUAUCUCUGUCGGUAACUCGUCCGUGUAUAGCUCUUCCAGGACCAUGUGUGCCCUGGCUGAACAUGGAUUCUUGCCAAAGAUCUUUGGCUAUAUUGACAGGAAAGGCAGGCCCCUGUUUGCGAUAUGCUUUACUUCCCUUUUUGGUUUGCUCUGUUUCGUAGCGGGCGCGAAGGAGGAGGGUGAGAUAUUUGACUGGCUAUUGGCGAUAUCCGGGUUGUCAUCCUUCUUCACGUGGCUCACAAUUAACCUGGCUCAUAUGCGGUUCCGGAUGGCGUUAAAAGCCCAAGGAAGAACUACCAAUGAACUCUCAUUUACAAGUCCUACUGGAUUUAUUGGAUCCUGUUAUGCUGUCGGUCUGAUUUGCGUUGUUUUGGUUGCUCAAUUUUGGGUUGCACUCUACCCUCCAUCUCCAGAUGGAACCAGCGCAAAGCCUUCGCCCAUCUUGUUCUUUAAGCAAUAUCUUUCGUUCGCUGUCGCAAUAGUUAUGUACCUUGCACACAAGAUAUGGUCAAGGAAUUGGAAGUUUUUUAUUAAAGCCAAGGAGAUGGACAUCGAUACCGGUCGGAGAGAGCUCGAUUUGGAGCUUUUCAAAGAGGAGCUUGCUCAAGAAAGGGCACUUCUUGCUCAGAAGCCCUUUAUUAUUAGAGUGUUUAACUUCUGGUGUUAG